AUGCGAUAUCAACAACUAAUAACUCAUGUAAUUGAACUAAUCAAAUCUUACAAUCCUAUAAUCUUGACACCAGACUCUCAUUGUGAAUAAUAUAUAUAAGAGAAUUGUAAGAAAUUAUUCGACACAGAAAUCAUGUUUUUGAAGCAAGUAUAUAUAUAAAAUAUAAAUAAACACGCAGGUAUUCUCAGGAGUACAACGUUAUGAAGAGUUUCUUAAAAUACUUACAAAAACGAUGUUUACACUCUUAUCUAGCACAACAAAUAGAAAUGAUGCAACUCUAUAUCAUAUUUUUUCUUAUCUCAUUUUAUUUAGAUUAGAUGAAUUACCUUACAAUGAAUUCAAAAAAAUGGUCAACGAAUAAGAUCCUGUAAAAAUGAAUGUCUUACUACAAUUUCUAUUUGACAUAGAUAAAAUUAUUACGCAUAUUAAACCACUUUGGAAUGAAAUAUAUGAUCCUUAAUAUAUACAAGAAACUGUAAUUGGAGGACUUGAAUAACAUUUUCCUAUGAUGAAAGAUUUAUUAAGUUCUUUAAGUUCAAGAGCAACUGGAAAAUAAAGUGAAUUAGUUUAAGAAGAUGAAAGACCAGAAUCAGCAACAAAAAAAUAACCGACAAAAACUAUGCCAUUUAAAUUAAGUGAAACUAAGAAAAAGCCUGAACCACCACCACCUCCUAAACCAGAACAAUACAAAAGUAAACCUAUUCCAAGUAAUCUCAAUAAAAAAACUUUAUAAUAAAUUGAAGAAGAUAAUAAGAUUAGAUUUGAAUAAUCUAAAAAAAAAGUAUAAGAAACAUAUAAGGAUACUAAAUAAUUUGAAUUCAAAACAGAUCUUAGACCUACUAAUUAUGAAACUAUUAAAAAAGAAGUAGAGGAUACAUUAAAUCAAUAAUUGUAAUUCAAUAUGAAAAUUGCAAAACCUGCUCCUGUUGAUUUAGAGACAGCUGAAAUUAAAUUAAAUGCUGCUGCUAUAUUGAGAGAAGAAAUGUUAUUAAAGAAAAAAUAAGAAAUAGAAAGAGAAAGAGUUAAAAAUUUAGAAGUAAAUCUUAGAGAUUCAGGAGAAUUUGAAGAAUGGAAAAGAUAAUAAGAAGAAUAAGAAUAAAUUGCUAGAAUGGAACAUUAAUAAUAAAAAAAGAUAGAAAUGGAAUUAGCAAGAGAAGCAGCUAUGAGAGCAUAAGAAGAAAAAUAUAAAGAGAAUAGAAUUUUAGCUGAAAAAAUGAAAAUUGAAGCUAUUGAAAGAUUAAAAGAAAGAUAAGAAUUAUAAUAAGAAUAAGUAGAACAUAAAAAGUAAUUAAUUGAACAAAUAAUUGAAGCUGAAAAGAAAGUAUAUUUAUAGGUAGAAAAAGUAUAAGAAAAAAAUAAGUAAAUGGCUGAAGAUUAGAAAUUAGAAAUGGCAAGAAUGUUAGAAUUGAAAAGAUAAGAAGAUGAGUAAAUAAGAAUAAAGAGAGAAGAAUUAAUUAAAUAGAUUAGAGAAUUAGAAAGAUAACCUAUAAAAAGAACAAAAGGAUAUGAUCCAACAGAAACAAUGGGUUAUGGUUUAUUGGAAGAAAUGUCAUUAGCUGAAUUGAGAGAUAGAUUAGAAGUAGUGAAAGCAGAAAGAAAGGCAGAAGAAGAAGAAAAAAGAAAAGAGAUUGUUAAUUAAAAAGAUGAAUAUUUAUCAUCAAUGCAAAGAAAAGUUUAAGAAAUAAAAGCACAUAGAUAAGCAGAAUCAUAAUAAAAAGAUAUGGAGAGAGAAGCAAAGAGAAUGAAAAAAUAAAAAGAAGAAGAAUUAAGAAAAAAGAUUAGAGAGGAAUAAUUAAUUUAAGUAUAAAAUAAAAUAAGCAAUAAAAAAUAAGUUAAGAGUGCUGAAGAAUAACGAAUAGCUGCGGAAGUUAGAGAGACUAAACUUAGAUAAUAAUAUAUGAAUGCUAAUAAAGCUAUGGUAGAAAUGAAAGCAUGGAAAUCAUAAUAAGAUGGUAUUAUAGAAUAAUAAUUAGUUAGGAUUGGAGAGAGAAAUCAAAAACAGAUAGAAUGAAAAAUUAAUUGUAUAAGAAGGUGUUGAAUCAGUAAAUUUAAGAGAAAGAAAAAUCUUAGCAGAGUAAGCUAAAAGAUUAGUCAAAGCCAAAGUUGAUUUUAAUUAAGCUUAUGAUCAUGAAUUAAAGACUGCCUAUUAAAUGAAUGAUUAGUUAUAUAGGGAGGAAACAGAUAAUAGAACAUAAAUGCAUAAUAUCUAAAAAGAAUGGAAAUUAGAACAUACUAAAAAUAUGAUCACUAGAGAUGAAUAUAAACAAAAGAUCUCAGAAAUUUCAUUAUAAAAUUCAAAAAAAAAAUAAUAAUAAACUAUUAAACAAGAAUAAAGUAGACAGUUGUAGUAACUACCUUCAGCUUAAUAUUCCUGA